AUGAUAACCAGUUUGGUUGAAAUCUUGGAUCUCCCAAGGAAAUCUAAAACAAGCUACAGAAAAAACGAAGAUAUUGAAAAGCUUUUUAAAAUUGUUAAUGAAUCAAAAAAUUCUAGAUCUUUGUUAAAUGAUAGAAAUUUUGGAAUGAACAAUUCUGAAGGUUCUUACAAAGAGGCUGUUGAAUCUUUGUUAGAAAUCUGUCGUUCUUUAAUGCGCCAAGGAGAUAGUCUUUUAGCAAUAAAACAAGUAAAAAGAUUUCUAUUUACUGAGCCUAGAAGUCUGGAGUCUCAUUCUUUUAUUUCUUUGCUUUAUAUGAAGAUUGGUAAUUACUUUAGAAGCUAUGAACAUAUAAUGGGUGUGAGAUUCAUGACUAAUGAUUGCGAUUAUGAUGCAAAAAUAGCUUCAGGGUCAAUUUUGGAUACAUUAAUUUUUCAGAUAUGUAGGCUUCCCUUAGGUCUUAAGUCAAAAUCCUUAAUUGGUUUCAAUUUUGAUGACGAACUUCCAUUUGAUGAAAGGAAACUUGAAUAUAUUUAUCAGUAUAAAUUGGAAAAGUUAAAUUUGCCACCAGGAUUCUCCCCCACAACUUUGGACAAGUUUACAACUCCAAUUUCAACUAGCCAAAUAAAUGUCGGUGAUCUUGUACACGUUGAGGAACCCUACGCUUUAGCACCAGAACUACCAAGUGACUUGAGUAUACAAACAACAUGUUUCCAUUGCCUGAGAGAAAGAGAAGUUUAUGACCAUGCUUUUAGCUGUUCUGUACAUCCAAAUACUUGCCCAUUUGUAUUUUGUCGUUGGGAAUGUAUGGUAAAGCACAGCAGACGACAUGAGCUUGAAUGCGAAUUUAUUGGAACAAUCAUUGUAAUUUCAGAUAAAUCUGGGCUUCCUGUUUCUUUCCUGCUUUUAGCACUCAGAUGUUUAAUUCAGACUCAUUUGGACUCUAUAUCACUUUUAACUAAGACUGAAGGGGUCUCACAAAAAUUACUAGAUUUUCCGUCAUAUUCAGAUAUUAUUGAAAUAAUCUCCCCAGAUUUCCUUUCAAUCUUUGAUCUAAUAGCUGAAGAGUUUACUAAUUUAAUUCCAAUACACUUAAGACUGUAUUUUUCAAGAAAAGAGCUUAGAACAUUUCUAAUCACAUUAUACUCUAAUAAACUUCCUAUAACAGUUACUUCAGCCUCUUCUGCUUUUAAUUCAUCCCCAGUUCCAGUUUCAACAGGUCUUGGAUUUUUUGAAAAAGCUAGUAAAUUCCAGCACUCAUGCAUUCCGUCUUGCGUUUAUUAUAUGAAUGGUGAAAAUAAACUAUGUAUUCGAUCUGCUUAUAAUGUACCAGAAAAUGCAAAUCUAACUAUUUCCUAUAUACUAGAUCUUUACCAGCCAACAUUUAAAAGAAAAUCAAUCAUAAACAGUCUUAAGGUUUUUGCAUGUAUGUGUUCUAGAUGCCUGGAUGAUUCAGAAAACGAAUUAUAUUUGGAAGGUAUUAGAUGCCCAUUCUGUAUUACUGGAUUUUUUGUUCCUUCUCCAAUUUUUAAAAAAUCAGAAACUUUAGAGUCACCUGUUUCUCAAUCAAACUUAAGAGGGUUCUUCAAAAGUUUGAUACCAAGGAAACCAACCACUUUUACAAAAGAAAAAAUAGCUAAAGAUAAUAUUGUUUCUCCUGGAGCCAAAAUUGAAGAGAAAAUAACUCCUGAUAUUAAGACUCUCUGUGAAAGAGCUAGAAUUAGUUGCAAAUCUGGCAAAGUACAAAUGAGAUGGAAAUGCAAUAAUUGUGGUGAAUUCUCCAAUCAAUUAAGCUCUUUUUGUGAUGAAUUGGUUUCAAGAAUGGAAAAACAUUAUAAUUUAGCAAUUAAUUCUUUCAAUGAUGGAAAAGAUAUUGAAGCCAGAAAGCUUUUUGAAAAAUUCGUUAAUAAUUAUUCUCUUAUUACUCAUCAUAAUCAUUAUUUGUUAUAUAAUUCCAGGUCCCAUUUAGUUGGUUUAUAUAAUUUCUCAAAUUCCAAUGAUUCUAAAAUGUCUUAUAAAUAUUGUAAACCAAUCAUCGUCUCAUCAAACAAAGUAUUUCCAAGUUGCCACCACGAGAAAGUUCAUUUAUUUUUGAAUAUGGCUGAUAUUAUUUAUAAAAAAGAAAUGAUUCAAAAAGUAUCACAAAGAGGUGUUUUCAAUAAUUCCAAAGAUUUAAUUAUGGAAUGCUCUUGGUUAUCCUUAUACAAUAGUAUGGUGUGUUAUGGACCAAAAAGUCCUAUAUAUUAUUAUUGUUUAUCAAGAAUGCGUCUUUAUUCAUCUAUUUUGGGAGUAAUUACACCACCAAGUAACAUGAGAAUUCGUAUAUCUUCUAUUGAUUUGUUCUCAAAACUGAAUCGCGAUAUUCUUGGUAAUAGUACUAUUUCAAAAAGUGCUGAUUAUCUUUCAACAUUAUCUGAAUAUAGUGCUCUCUUAUUUAUUGCUUCAAUUAAAGGACAUUUAAUGGAUAUUGCACAAUUAUUAGUUGGUCAAGUAAAAGAAAUAUUGUUAAAUCAAGUAACUUAUUUACCAACAGGAUUAAAUCUUCUUGGAAUGGCUGCAAGUAAUUUAAGGGAUGAUGUUUGUGCAUUAUUAUUAGAAGAGGGGUCUGAUUUAUUCUUUAAAAAUGAGUAUGGAAUUACACCAAUACAUGCUUUAUGUACAUAUCCAGAAUUAGAAGAGGACGAUCUUGAUAUUCAUAAUGAUAAAAAAGCUGCAAUUAUAGCUAGAGAUAUGAUACGUAAAGCUAUUAGUUUAGAUAUGGCAGAUAAAUCCGAUUCUAAAAAUCAAAACAACUCUGGGGAAAAUGAGUCUGAUGUGGGGAAAAAUGCAUGCAUGAAAAAAAUGUUUGCAUAUACCGGCAAGUCAGGAGAAAAAAAAAUGAUAGAGCGGGGCUCUAAUAGAUAUAAAUUAUUAUAUGGCAAAACAAUUAACUGGUUAGGAUCUAAUACGCCAUUACAUAUUGCAGCUUUUAAAGGUAGAAAAUAUUUAUGUUCAGAAUUAAUACAUGGAGGUACAGAUCCAAAUGUUGAGAAUAUUGAAUUAGCAACACCAUUGCAUUUGGCUUCAUUAGAAGGUCAUUUAGAGACGGUUGAUAUAUUAUUGAAAUGUGGAAGUGAAUUAAAUAAGGAGAAUUAUCAAGGUAAUACUCCAUUAUUAUUAGCAAUUUAUGGUUUAAAAUAUGAUACAGUACGUUUACUAUUAGAUAAAGGAGCAAAUUUAAGUCAUAGAUCAGAUACACUUAAAAUGAAUGCAAUGCAUAUGCUAGCUUUGGGAUUAUGUUGUAACACAACAUUGAGUUUUCAAUUACCAAAAAAGUUGGAUGAUUUACCAUUAAUAUCACAUAAUGGAUACAAUAAUAAAGAUUUAAAGACUUAUAUAUAUUCAAUGGGAUCACCCCAUACAGGUUUUGGAAAUAAUUCUUCAACAAAAGUGUUAUCUAUUCCAAUACAUACUCCAAUUGCAGAGUUUUUAUAUAUUUCACCAAGAGAAAUGUUAAUAAGAUUGAGGAAUUGCUUUGAUAUAAUAACAUUCUUAACCUGUGCAUAUGAUCUAAGCCCAAUGUUUAUACAAAGAGAUUUGAAUGGUUAUACCCCUUUUGAAUUGUUAGAUUCAUCAUGGAAUGAUUUUUUGAAAUUAAGAAACGAAUCUCUAUUAAGUCAAGGAUUGUGGUAUUCGUCUUUAUCAGAAGAGGAUAAAAUAUCAACGGAAGAGUUAUGGUCUCAUAUAAUGCAAAGGGUGGAGAAAUUAUUGGAGAAAUUCAGAGUAGAAGAGAAUAUUUAUGAUGUAAAUGAUGAUGAUCCUGAUUUAGAAUUACCAUUACCAAAGAAGGAGUAUAGAGGAAUUCCAGAAUUGGAAUUACCAAAUAAAUCUGAGGAUGAUAAUGAAUAUUUGGUAAGAAAAGGAUAUAUGGAACCAAUAGUCAUGAAAAAACCAUAUUAUGGAAAUUAUUCAAUAGGAACAGAUUCUACAAUAUACACUCCUGGAUAUAUGGGUGGCAAUUUCCAAAUUAGAGAGUUAAAAGAAAUAAUAAUGAGGAGAAGGAAAGAACAUAUGGAAACAGUGUUAAAGAAAGAUAAAACGAAUAAGAGCGGAAAUGUAUAUGGCAAGAUGAUGCAAUCAUCAAAUAGUAAAUCUAUUUUGGGAGUCGGAAAGACUCCAAGUUUAUUAAGUCCGAGAACAACUGAAGGUAAAGCAUUGGAAAGUAAAGUAUCAAGAGCCAGUACAAAAAUAGGUGGUUUAUCAUCAAGUUCACCUGUUUCAAGUUCAUUAUCUCCAGGAAAGAAGGAUUCAAUAGUUAAACAUGAGUUUACAAAAAUAAAUACAAUCAAUACUUCUCCAAAUCAGCUAAUUUCUUUAAAUAAGAAUAAUGCAGAUUCUACCCCAAAAAAAUUAGUACUGAAAGCUGUUUCAAAGCCAAAUGAUUCAUUAUCAUCUUCUCCCCCGAAAGUUAUCAUGAAGACUCCAACUGUUGGAGUGACACCAAAGCCAUUAACAGUUGGUGCAAAGCUACCAGGAGCUAAAUUAGACUUAUCAAAUGUUAAAGUAGCAAUGCCAAAGAAAAUAGAAAUUAAGACAAAUUUGAUUCAACCAAAAACCGUAGCAAAAAUAGUCGUAAAAUCAAAAUUGGUUCCAAAAAAAUUGUAA